UGGAUGAAAAAACGAUGUAAAACGGCUGAAACAUAGAUGGCCAGAAAAUGGAUGCACACAGACAUGCAAAAUUGCCGUGAAAAGCCGGCAGUGUGUUGCAUUUUGUGAAUACAGCCCACUAGCCCAGGCGCUUUCCUCACUGUCUCUAUGACACAGGCAUGGCCACACGUAGCGGCUCCGGUCCGCUAUACGGCACUACUGGCUGCUCCCUGGGGGCGCUGUGGACUGCCCUCCUAUAGGGGGCGCUGUGCUAGGCUCUUCCAUAAGGCAGUAGUACUAUGCAUCACACCACGCUCUAUAUGUCUGUCCUCCUCCCCAGUACAGCUUCCCUGUCAGACGCCCUCCCCUCAGCGCCGUGCACACGGCUGCAUUUCCGGCAGAGAGAUGGAGGGCGGCGGCUCCCCGGUGCUGUACGUGCUGGCCGCCCAGCUGUGUGCCGUGUGCUCGCAGCCCCCGCUGCCCCUCGUCGUCACCACAUGGCCCUUCCACAGCGCGACACAGGCAGCUUGGAAAGCCCUAGCGGCUCGUGGAUCCGCACUGGAUGCAGUGGAGACGGGCUGUGCCCAGUGUGAAACUGACCAGUGUGAUGGCUCAGUGGGAUAUGGAGGAAGCCCUGAUGAAUCUGGAGAAACAACGCUGGACGCAAUGAUUAUGAAUGGAAACACAAUGGAAGUUGGCGCAGUAGCCAGUCUUAGACGAAUAAAAAAUGCCAUAGGUGUGGCCCGGGCAGUCAUGGAGCACACAAAGCACACGUUUCUAGUUGGGGAAUCCGCUUCUUUGUUCGCUGAGAGCAUGGGUUUUGUGUGUGAAGAUUUAACCACCAACAGAUCCUUAUCCAUCUAUUCGAAAUGGCUCGAUCAGCAGUGCCAACCAAACUUUCGCAAGAAUGUGACUCCAGAUCCUACAAAAUCCUGUGGUCCUUAUAAACCUGUAAAAAGUUUAUCAGAAGGAAAGAAACCCACCCUACAGAAACAAGUGGAUUUGCACAGCCAUGAUACCAUUGGAAUGAUUGUAGUUGAUGGAAAUGGAAAUGUUGCCACUGGAACCUCCACAAAUGGAGCGUCUCACAAAAUCCCUGGACGGGUGGGAGACUCGCCAAUGAUUGGAGCUGGAUCUUAUGCAGACAGUUCAGUUGGAGGAGCAGCAGCCACUGGAGAUGGGGACACCAUGAUGCGAUUCUUACCAAGUUAUCAAGCUGUGGAGAACAUGAGGAUGGGAGCAGACCCCACCAUGGCAUGUCAGAAGGCUAUUGCCAGGAUUCAGAAACACGUCCCAAUCUUUUUUGGAGCAAUCAUCUGUGCCAACAAGACAGGAAGUUACGGUGCUGCCUGCAGUAAAGCUCCAGGCUUCACUCAGUUUCACUACUCCAUAUAUAAACCUGGCCUGUCUCAGCCUCUGGAAGAGAUGGUGGAUUGUCUAUAGCUUAAACUGGGUUUGUCUCCUGUAAUGCAAAGCACUUUUGCAAAACUUAACACGCUAUAGUUGCCUCAUGUGUACUUUCUUCAUGUGUACUAUGUGUGCAUUUGAGAACUGUACGUAUAUUGCAAUGAAGACCAGAAAAUCAACUGCAAGACUAAUAAAAGAAAAUAAAUGAUA